ACACAGCUUCCUCUGUGUUAUUGUGUCUGUCUGAAGCCCGUGGAGACGACAGACGCAGUCAUCUGUAUUGAUCUCAAGUAAUUAGAGGCUGAGGGAUGAGGAGUCAACGGACCAUGCAAAGCAGAUCCAACAACCUGUUUGCAAGUAUAAGAACACAAACAACUCAGCUGCUUCAGAGACGAGAUCCACUUCGAGCCUUUGGCAGCUCAAGCUUUCUGUCUGGUAUCGCCGGGAAUGCUGGGUAUUGCAUCGCACGCAGGCCUUGUCUAUUUCUGCAUGAUGUCCAUGACUGUAGUUCACGGUCGUCUCUGUCGCAGCAGGGAUGUCGUCGGAGGACCUCACCCGCGGCCUCCUCUACCUGUCCCUCACUGUGGUGGGCGUCCCGGGCAACGCCGCCGUGGUCCUGGCUCUGCUGCUGCUGCUGCACCGGCGGCGCCGGCUGCUGCCGCCCGACGCCAUCCUCCUGCACCUGGCCUGCAGCAACCUGCUGGUGGUGGGCGUCCGCUGUCUGCUGGUGACCGUGGCCUCCUUUGGCGCGGAGGGCAUCUUCGGCGACGCCAGCUGCAAGGCGGUGGUUUUCACGUACCGGACCUUCCGCGCCUUCUCCAUCUGGCUCACCCUGGUGCUCAGCGCCUACCAGUGCCUGAGCGUGGCCCCCCCCGGCUCGCGCUGGCUCUCCGUCCGCGCGGCGGCCGCUCGCUACUUGGGUCUGGUGUUCCUCUUUCUGUGGGUGUUCAACAUUUGCAUGAGCUUGGAGUCCAUUCUGUUCUGCGUUGCCAAACACAACGACUCCUCCCAGAUAGGCAAUGGCUACAAUUUACAGUUCUGUUACUUGCUCUUCCCCUCGAAGCUGUCCAAAGACGUGAACACGGGGGCGCAGGUGACCAGAGAUGCGGUGCCCAUGGCCCUCAUGACUGUGACCAGUGUGAUCAUCCUGCUCUUUCUUUACAAAAACAGCCAGAGAGUGAAGGGACUCCGCGGCGGCGGCACCGGCACCGGCGGCGGCGGCGGCGCGGCCGAGCAGCGAGCGGCCAAAUCGGUGGUGGCGCUCGUGACCUUGUACGUGGUCUUCUACGGCGUGGACAGCGGGCUCACCGUGUACAUGCUCACGGUGAGGAGGACCAUGAGCUCCUCGCUGGUCACCGACCUGCGCGUGUUCUUCUCCACGCUCUACGCGGCCGUGAGCCCUCUGCUCAUCAUCGCCUCUAACAGGAAGGUGAGCGGCAGCCUGAGGUGUGCGGCGCACAGGAAGUGGGCUCAGGAGAGUCCGCCUCGAGCCUGA